CCUGAGGUGUGCACCGCAUCGGAACCGCUUUGGCAAACUGGGUAGCCAAGCCUAUAGGUCAAAACUAAUAACAGUUCUGGGCAUAGACGUAUUUAAACAUGGAUCUUCAUCAACGACUUUGGUUAGAAUGGGCAACUCUUUUUGCCAUUGCGUUAUCAGUGAACAGUUUGAGCAAACGCGACAUGUUUGAUUACGGAGAGCAAGCUGGAGACCAACUGUUGGAGCAGGGUACCGACCAAACUCAAAAACUUAUUUUGGACCAGUCAAUGUUCUUCUUCGAUGGCGCAUAUGACACUGUUUAUAUCAACACCAAUGGCUUUCUGGCAGUAGAAGAACCUAAGGUUGAGUCUGAGUACCUGGGAAAGAUGCCUGCCAGCUUCGGAAUGAUAGCGGCUUUCCUCGGAGAUCUGGACAACAGCGACGGAGUGGGGAAGGUGUACUACCGACAGGACAGCAGGCCUUCUGUGCUUCUCCGGACCAUUGACCACAUCAGCCAGGCAUUCCCUCAGGACGACGAGAUCGAGCCCACCCACGCCUUAAUCAUCACAUGGGAGAACGUGGCGGCCCACGGCGCGCCUGGUCGAGGAGAUGGGCUGGACAGAAAGAGAAACACGUUCCAGCUGGUGGUGGCGUCCAUGGCGUCCGCCUCCUACGCCAUCUUGUUCUACCCCAGGGAGGGGCUGCAGUACAUCUCCACGUCUGUGGCGGGCCAGAGCGAGCCAGUCCACGCCGGUUUCAGCCAGGGCCUGGUCCAGGCCUGGUUCAGCUGGGGCAGCAGCCAGGGGUCCUACUACCGCAUCACUACCGACGACGAGGCGUCCGUCAGACAGCUCUCUGAGGAGACCAACUCAGGUAGGCGUGGUGUGUGGGUGUACGAGAUCGGCACCUCCCCGUUCUUCUCCUCCAUCACCCCAGGCCAGGUCACCAACCUAUCCCCGGAGGAGGGCGUGGCAGGUGGGCAGGUGGAGCCGGUGCCAGAGUUUCCACCCAGAAACACUGGAGAACAACAGGAGAUUGAAUUCCCUCCCUAUGAGCGCGAGGAGGAAGAGGAGACACCUGAGCCGGAGCUGCCCCCAACUGUCCACACGGUCCAGUACCAGCCCAGAUACCCUGUUGUCCCUGAGCCGCCUCAGUCCAGAUACCCUGAGACGGUCCAGCCCAGAUACCCUGAGCCGGUCCAGCCCAGAUACCCUGAGCCUGUCCAGCCGGCCCAGCCGCAGCCACCCCGCUACCAGCCCCAAACCCCACAGGUGGUGGUCGUGGACGAAGAUGAUGACCUUGAUGUUGAUGUGUUUGCGUACAAUUCUGAAACAUGCACCAAUAACAGGCAGAAGUGCUCGUCCUUCGCCGACUGUAAGGACUACACCAAUGGCUACUGCUGCCACUGUAGGCCUGGUUUCUAUGGCAAUGGCAAGGAUUGUGUGGCUGAAGGUAAGCCCCAGCGGAUGAACGGCAAAGUGAACGGCCGGGUGUUCGUGGGCAACUCGCCCUCGCCGCUGGAGUUUUCCAACAACGACCUGCACUCGUACGUGGUGGCCAAUGAUGGCCGCGCCUACGUGGCCAUCAGCACCAUCCCGGCCGGCCUGGGACCCUCCCUGCAGCCCCUCUCUUCCCUGGGAGGGGUCAUCGGCUGGGCCUUCGCUCUGGAGCAGCCCGGCUACGAGAACGGCUUCAGCGUCAUCGGUGGCGUGUUCUCCAGGCAGGCCGAGGUGACCUUCUUACCGGGCAACGAGAGGCUGACUAUCAAGCAGGAGUUCAAGGGCAUCGACGAGCACGACCACCUGGUGGUGAGCACCAAUCUGGAGGGCCGUCUCCCCGAGGUCCCCCGCGGCUCCACUGUCCAGAUCGACCCCUACAAGGAGAUCUACCAGUAUGGCAGCAACCUGAUCACUUCCUCCUCCAACCGCGACUACACCGUGAGCCUACCGGACGGCAGCGUCCAGACCAAGACCUACCAGUGGCGUCAGACCAUCACCUACCAGAGCUGUCCCCAUGACGAGGCGGUCAGGGCCGUGCAGCCUACCCAGCAGCUCAGCGUCGACCAGGUCUUCGUCAUGUACGACUCGGGCAACCAGCUGAUCCGCUACGCUAUGAGCAACAAGAUCGGCUCCAUCCACAGUGGCCCACCAGAGCAGAACCCAUGUUUCACCGGCAGACACGGCUGCGACACCAACGCUGCCUGCAGACCCGGAGAAGGCAUCCAGUUCACCUGCGAGUGUUCCACUAGUUUCACUGGGGACGGACGUCAAUGCUAUGACAUUGACGAGUGCAGAGAGACGCCCGAGAUCUGUGGUUCUCACGCCAUAUGCAACAACCAACCGGGAACAUUCCGCUGCGAGUGUGUGGAUGGUUUCCAGUUUGCCAGCGAUGGCAAGACCUGUGUCGAAGUGGACCGUCCCAUAGACCACUGCCAGAGGGGCACCAAUAACUGCGACAUCCCAGAGCGGGCACGUUGUAGCUACACGGGGGCGUCCGCCUAUAUCUGCUCCUGUCUGCCCGGCUUCGUGGGUGAUGGUCAUACUUGCCAGGACAUUGACGAGUGCGAGCAAGGUCGCUGUCACCGGGACGCCGUCUGUUAUAACUCUCAGGGCUCCUUCACCUGUCAGUGCCACCCUGGUUUCCAUGGCGAUGGCUUCCAGUGUGCCUCUGGCUCCCCGGAGCGUGAGAAGACGCAGUGCGAGCGAGACAGAGAAAGCAUCCAGGUCUCCUCCAACACAGGCUCGUUUUCCUUCUUCCGCCCACGCCCCACCGUCAGUCAGUACGUUCCUACCUGCGACCAGCAUGGUGCCUACGAGCCCACCCAGUGCCACGGUAGCAUUGGACAGUGCUGGUGUGUGGACGGCAAUGGUCAGGAGAUCCCCAACACUAGAAUUGGCCCCGGCCAAAAACCUUUGUGUAUUGACCAGGGAGUGAUUCCUCCCCCGAUUGGACCCACCACCAGGCCGGAUGUCUCUCCUGUGGCCCCAGGGACCCACUUGCUGUUUGCCCAGAGCGGGAAGAUCGAGCACAUCCCCCUGGACGGAUACAGCAUGAACAAAGGGGAGGCCAAAGCCCUGCUCCACCUGCCUGACAGAGUGGCGAUUGCUGUGGCCUACGACUGUGUGGAGAAGAUGGUGUACUGGACGGACAUCACAGGGCCCUCCAUCAGCAAGGCCAGCCUGGAGGGAGGAGACAUAAUUUCUCUCGUCACAACAGACCUGGAGAGCCCAGAGGGUUUGGCUAUCGACCACCUGGCCCGGCUAAUGUUCUGGACGGACUCCAUGAAGGACAGGAUUGAGGUGGCCAGACUGGACGGAAGCCAGCGCCGUGUCCUAUUCGACACCGACCUGGUAAACCCUCGGCCCAUUGUCGCUGACCCCUCCUAUGGACGACUCUACUGGGCAGACUGGAACAGAGAUGGGCCCAAAAUCGAGAUGUCCAACAUGGACGGAACCGACAGGACAGUCUUGGUUAAGGACGACCUGGGGUUGCCCAACGGCCUGACAUACGACCCUGAGAGCCAGCAGUUGUGCUGGGCCGAUGCUGGUACUCGUAAGGUACAGUGUAUGGACCCCAACGGUAGGAACCGUAGGACCAUUGUGGAGGGGAUUCAGUAUCCUUUCGCCAUCGUAUCCCAUGGGAGGAACCUUUACUACACUGACUGGAGAAGGGAAGCGGUGGUAGCCGUGGACCGCACAACGGACAGAGAGACGGACGAGUUUCUGCCACAGAAGCGUUCGCGAGUGUAUGGCAUUGCCACGACCCCAACUCAAUGCCCACAAGCAUAUAACUACUGCUCGAACAACGGAGGCUGUUCACACCUUUGUCUACCUCGCCGCGGCGGCUUCACGUGCCGGUGUCCAGACGUGGUGGACGGAAGCUGUGUGGAGAGGAACUUGUAAGGACGGAAGAAAGAACAGUAGAUUCUCCUGCUAACUGCACAAAGGGGUUGUGACACGUGUGCCUUCCAACUUCCUCUUUAAAGGAAGAAUGAUAAGCUGCAUCCGGCUGGGGGUUACUCUGUGGCCAAAUCCAUUCAGAUUGCUAGGCCUCUACUGCUCAGUUCCCCUCUGGCAGAUCUGAGAGGAUUGGGUAGUUUGUAAAGAUAUGAUGGUGAUCUCUACUGUAGUUCUCUGGUUGGUUAGGUGGAGUUGUUAUCCUAUCGCUUACACAUCUAGUCCUUUGACCUUGUUACUGUUACGGUGUGUAUUAGAAACCUCCCAAAUUAUUUUACUGAUUUCUGAUACAUUUGAAAAAAAGUAACAUUUUAUUUUUUUGUAUUGUAAAUAAAUACCUGAAAUAUAGACGUAUUAUCUGAAGUACAGGUUUCCAGUGGUGCUCUUGAUGACCAGUUAUAGCUGAUUAUUACUGUGAAGGUGUACAGGUUGUUGGGCAUAACGCCAGGUUGUUGGUGUUUGGUAGCCACAAGCCCACCUGGAGAGAAGUUGGCCCAGCGCCUUUUGAUGACCUCAUUCUCCCCAUAAGAGGGUUGACAGCCCACCAUAGGAGUUUUACAUAAGGUUAAUGCAUGUACUGUGUGUGCAGCUGUGCGGUGACAGAGAAAAAACAAGAACAUUUACAUUCUGUACAGCUGUCCUAUUAAACUUUUUUUUUU